CUUCGAGCCGGGUAAUAGAUGCAAACAUGGCCCUGAAAGACGUGAAGAACCCCAAAAAGCAGCUAAGAAGGAGACUUCAUGGCCUGCCUCGUUAACGCAAAUCUACUACUAAAUUGAUAGAGGCAGCUGCGGCGAGGGUAAUGGCGAAGAAGCAGGCUCGUAAACGUACUGCGGCGUCAAAAAAUCCACGGAUUGUCGACAUUUCUGCGCCUCCUGAGGCUACACCUCCUCCUCCUCCUCCUCCUCGUCGUCCCUCUACUCCUCCUCCUUCUACUCCUCCUACUACUCUUUCCUUAUCUCCUCCUGCGAAUCCCGUAAAUAGCGGUUAGAAUAAGGUUAUAGAGGUUGAGGAGGAGGACGUGGAGGAGACGUAUAAGAUACACGUGUCCUAGAGAUUACGUGUUAAUAGGAAGAACGAGGUGGCGGAUAAACUUACUACUAUUCCGCGAUGUGCUUUUGAACGCGAGGUGUACGAGGGUACUAUUAAUAAGGCAAUUAGUACGAAGCUUAAUAUAGAUGACUAGGCCUUCGAGACUCGUUAGGUCAUGUGUAGUCUUGGUAUAAGGAAGAAGUAGAGGAGGACACUUGCUAUCAACGACUGGUCGAUUAUUAGCU